CAGACAGAAAUAUAUUUGUUAAACUAGCAGGACUUGGAGUUGAGGCUUUUUCUGUUUUAUCUUUGUUUGGACACAGUAACAAGCAUAAACUGAUCACCAAGGAGAUUCUUCAGUUCUUGCAUGACACAGGACUGUAUGUAAGAAUUUAGUUUAAAUUUUGACCUGUGGAGGGCAGUAAUACGCUUAGCAGCGUCUACACUGCCGGAAUCCUACAAGAAGAAGAAGAAGAACUGGCCUUAUCAGGAGAAUUUUAGAAGGUAUCAAUGAAGCCUCCAAUACAGUAGGUGGCGGCAUUGCACCUUUUACGAUGGUCUGGAACACACCAAGAAACUAAACGAAGAAGCAGCAGCUUUGUUAACUUUUCAUCAAGAUGGCGCGACGCUCACGUAAACAAGCUGUCCAGGUGAACAUGGACAGUGAUGAAGAGUUCACCUUUUCCUCGGAAGAAGACGAAGACUUUGAAGAUGAGCGCUUGCAUUUUGAGGAUCGAAUUGAUCCAGUGGAGGAUACCAACGACUGGAUUGCCGUCAUAACGGUGAUAACAUUAACUGUUUGUGGUCUGGAACAUGUCAUCUGCAACAUCGGAGGUGUAUGUUGGAUCCUUUUCAUUGCCAUCAUGGUGACAUCAACUGCUGCCAUUUCCUUGACUGUACACCGCUGCUCUCCACGAACGCACAGAACGGGUGACGCUUUGAGGAGGAGGAAAAAAGGGAGAGUCUGUUCUCCAAGCAAAAACAUGGAUGCUGACUAUGAAGGGAAGAAUCAUCAUCCAGCCACAACAGCAACAGACUCUUCUUCAGCAUUAUCUGUCCGUUUUGUCGGAAUGCAGAAUUGGGUUCUGAGAAUCAAUCCUGAUGACACCAAAGUCACAGAUCAGAUGGAAAUCUCUAAAGGUCCAAAGAAAAAUCAGCCUGAACCCCUCAUGGUGUUUCUCAUCAGAAAGCUUGUCAACUUUGAUUGCCAAAAUUACUGAAUGUAACAACACAAACUGACUUUUACUGUAUUUUUAAGGCCUGUAUGUUUUUGCCAAGAUAUAAAUGGUCCCUGGGAGACGGUUGGUGGUGUUGCCUUUUUUUUUCUUCAGCUAGUGGCUCCUAGAGGUCAAGAUUUGUAAUUUGUACUUCUAAAAAAAAAAAAAAAAAAAAAGUUUAAAAUUACUAAAAGGAAUAUUAUAAGGACAAAUGUUCAUGAGUUUCAUUUUUUGGGGGAGUGGUAAAAAAAAAAAAAAAAAAGGUUUACAAUUCUGUACCGCAAUUGGAUCAUUUUAUACAAGUAAAAAAUAAACUCAACAGUAUACUGGAAAUGACAACAUGAUACUGUAAAUAAAACAAAGUACUGUAAUUGUCAAUACAAUAAUACUGUAAAAUCUUUUACAGUAAAUUAGUCAUUCAGCUGCUAGUAAGUUGCUGUAAAAUUUACAGCAAUCUCUACAGUGUACCUACC